CACUUGAAUCACUUCACACAUUUCAACUUUCAUACGUAACAAAAACUGUACCACCGAUGGAUUCUACGGUGGAAAAAUUCCCUCCCAAUGUACUCCUCUUCCCCUUCCCAGCCCACAGCCACAUCCAUUUCCUACUCAAUCUAGCAGAGCUUCUCUGCUGCUGCGGCGGCCUCCGCGUCACCUUCCUCGUAGCCGACCAAACCCACCGCCACCUCCUCAACGACACAGCCGUCCGGUCUCGCUUCGACCGGUACUCCGGGUUCCGAUUCGAAAACCUCCGCGACGGGCUUCCCGGAGACGAUGGCCAACGUUCGACCCUUGAUAAAAGGACGGAGUUUGGCUUCUCCUUUUUGGAAGUGGCCAAACCACGUUUCAAAGAUGUUUUGAUAUCAUCAUCAUCCGACUGGCAAAAGGCCGAGGAGGACUCCGAUCACGUUGCCGGAAAAUCGUCGAUCGCGUGCAUCAUAGCGGAUUCGAUGGUGGCGAGUUUUGCUGUGGAUGUGGCUGGUGAGGCUGGUAUCCCGAUCAUGUGUUACCACAGUGCUUGCCCUUCUGAUUUAUGGGCAGUUCUUUGUGUCCCUAAACUCAUUGAAGCAGGGGAGAUUCCUUUUCAAGGAGACGAUUUGGAUGUGCCCAUUGCAAACGUUCCGGGUCUCGAAGGUUUGCUCCGACGUCGUGAUCUCUCAAGUUUUUUACGUGUUGGAGACUUGUCGGACAAGAAUGCCCAGUUUAUAAUGAACGGAGCGUUUCAAACCAGCCGGGCACGUAUGAUAUUCAACACAUUUGAAGAGCUAGAAGGGCCCGCGCUUGCUCAAAUGCGCUCCCAAUGCGCGGGUAUUUAUACGGUCGGACCACUCCAUGAGCACCUAAAGACUAGACUCACUUCAAUGAUCCCUCCGAACAAUUUAGAGAAAGAAGAAACGGGUUGCAUAGCAUGGCUUGACGCACAACCGUUGAGAUCUGUGAUUUAUGUAAGCUUCGGAAGCAUUGCAGUGAUGUCAAAUGACCAGAUCACGGAGUUGUGGCACGGUCUAAAAAAUAGUGGAAAACGAUUCUUGUGGGCACUUCCAAACGUAGCUGACAAAGAAUGGAAAAAUCAAAUUCCGCCAGAGUUCCUUGAGGAUUCGAGUCGAAAGGGGUACAUAGUUGCAUGGGCUCCACAGAAAGAUGUCUUGGAUCACAAAGCUGUUGGUGGGUUUCUGACUCAUUGUGGAUGGAAUUCAACUCUAGAGAGUAUUGAUGCGGGAGUUCCGAUGAUUUGUUGGCCUUGUUUUGGAGACCAACAGUGCAUUAGCAGAUUAAUUGCUGAGGUAUGGAAAAUUGGAUUGGACAUGAAGGACACUUGCGAUCGAGUCAUAGUCGAGAAGAUGAUAAAAGAGUUGAUGGAUACCAGGAGAGUGGAGUUUACGCAAUCAGUAGAUCAAAUCGCGAAACUAGCUAAAAAUGCCGUUAGUAAAGGUGGAUCAUCGUACAUCAAUCUGGACCGUUUGAUCGAGGAUAUAAGGUCAUUGGUCACCGAUUGAACACACAAUUGGAGGUGCAACUAUAAAGACGGAGGAUCCAUAUGGACUUAUUACAGCUAAAUGCAUUCGGUGUUCGAUAUAUCGUAGGUAAAUGAACAUCGAGUACCUUCGUUCAGUCUAUCCUUUGGUAAUUUAAUUUGCUCGAUGGUAUAAUUUUUUGUUUUUAUUGACCAGAGAGAAAUCACCUUGGAUGUCUUUCUUCU